AUGGCGAGGAUCACAAGGAAAGCUCUAGAUAUUGCGUUAGUUUCUCUGAGAACAGUUACUCCAGUCGUUUCGAAUUGGUGGAUGAAUGCGAAGAUCAGGUUAGAGAAGACGAAAGCAAGAUCUUUAGUCCUAAACCCUAUAGUGACUAAAACGGAAACCGUACUUGAUAACUUGUCAAAUACGUUAAUAACAUCUUUAACUGCUUUACGCGACCGUCAACUACCAAAGGAGAGGGUUUAUCUUGAAAAGGAAUUAGAAAAAAUAAAAGAUAGAAUUUCGAAAGGGACAACAAGCAAAGCACUGAAACCAGCCCUGGGUACUGCAUGGCGAUAUGCAAAAACUGAAGUUGUACCACCGUUGACAGUUAAUUUCUUUAACGGACCUUCAGGAAAGAUAAUCGAAGAAGUUGCCAGUAAACUCGCUGACAGUGUAAUAACAAACAUAGAUAAUGUAAUAAAGGACAUUGAGGCAGAAAAGGCUAGAGAAAUAAAACGUAAAAUAGCUGAAGCUAAGGCUGCUCAGGAGAAAAUGAAGGCGGAAGCGGAGAGAAAAGCUGAAGAAGCAAGAAGAAAAGAAGAAGAAAAGUUAGCUAAAGAAGCUAAAGCUAAGCAAGAUGAGGCAGCUAAGAAGGUUGAAAUUGAAAAGUCAGCAGCCAAACCUGAACCUAAACCUAAGCCAGCGAGGAAACCCAAAAAAAAGUUACCUAAAAAAUCCAAAUAG